AUGGAUUUUUCUGAGGGCAGCGCGGGGGGUAAGAGGCCGGACGCCCCUAGACCCGUAUCCAGACGUGGUUACAGAGAGUAUACAAACACUGGCUCAGCUGUGUCCAGAAGUAGCACAAUGAGGCCGACAUCAGCCUACCGAGGCAGUACAGCAUCACGGCUGUCGACAGCUGGCUUUGGGCCUGCUCCUCCCACCGCCAGCCGACAGCCGACCGCCAUGACAGGAUUUUCCAUGAUCGAUAGACCAAUAACCCAGCAAGGCAUAUCUGGUCUUCGAACAGGAACCGCUAGAGGUUUCCGUACCCGUCAACUUCAAGAUAAACGAUAUUGGGAAGAGCUGAUGCAAGUUAAGGUGAGGGAGAUGAAGGCUGAAAUAGCCAGGCUAAGUGAACAAGCUGAUGCUGGAGAAAGAGAGCGAUCAGCCAAGAAACAUUACGAGAAGAGAGUCAGAGAGUUAGCUCUGGAACUGACUGAUUUGCAAGGCCGUCUAGCAGAUUACAACACAGCGAUCCGUAUAGCUAAUGGCGAAGCCAAUAAGUUGAGUGUGGAAGAACAGACUAGGGACUUGGAAGCCAGUAACCAGAAGAUGCAAGAAGAAGUUGAGCAAGUCUUUAUGGAGAAACAGAGAAAGGAGAACCAACUGAGACAAUUAAGGGAACAGAUGGAUAAGGAACAGUCAACAAUCACUAAGCUGCUGGCAGAAAUGACUCAAGAACAAAAGGAUGAAUAUAAUGAACUCGAAGCAACUGCUUCUGCGUUGAGAGAAGAAGUGGAACAAGCUAGGACACAUAUUGAUCAUCUGAAUAGAGAAAAAGAUGAAUUCAAUAAAGAAAUAUCUGGAUCUCAGAUAAAGGUCCAUCUACUGGAACUACAUCGUCGACUAGCAGCUGCAGAAGAGAAACGUGACAAUAUGAAGAAUGAGAUGAACAAUCGUUUGGAUCCACAAGAAGAAAGAGAGAAACUAUUACUCCAGGUACGUGAAGACAAUGCCGCUAUCUCAUCCUUAGACAGUAACGCUGCAAAUCUAAAGGAACAAAUAAAGAAAGUUCAAGAACUAAUCGAACAGGCUGAACAGGAUUUGGAAGAAGGAAAUUCUGAUCGACAUCAAAAAUAUCGAGAACUAAAGAAAAGAGAAGAAACAAUGGAUACCUUUAUGGCUUCUUACGAAGAAAAUCUCAAGAAGGAACAAGAAAAGAUUGAUCAAUUAGAAAAAGAUAUCGUCUUUGCCUUAGAACAUAGCAGUUCUAACAUCGAUCUGGAUUUGAGUGAAAUUGACUCGUUGAAACAGAAAGAUGGAUACACUUCUCAAUAUGAUGAUAGCAAGAAAUCUGUUGAGAUGUUGACUAAAGAUUAUGAGAGGUUCCAGGCUAACUUGAAGAAGGCUGAAGCAACUAGGGAGCGUCUCGCCACAGAACUACAAACAUUGCCAGAGAAAAUGAGAGUCAUGAAAGAAGAACUGGUGACGCUGUCGGAUUUGGAGAAGCUUCGAGAUGAAGGUGAAGAACAGAAGAAGGCUUUGGAGACGGAACUAAAGCAGCUCAAAGAAAAGUUGGCUCCCACAGAAAGUGCUGUAUUAGAGGCGACGAAUAAAUUGAAAAGCAUACAAGCCAGUCUAGACGGUAAUGAAAUGUACACGAAGCUGAACGCGUUGGAAGAACAGUUAGCUCAGCUAGAAACGAGGAAGACGGUUCUAGAAGAAGACAUAGCGUCUAUAACAUUAAAGGCAGACUAUGAACCGCUCAAGAAACAAGCUAUUGAAGAACUGGCCACCCUAAACAAGAAGAUUAUUGAGGAUUUAAGUAGUAUUAAGUCUUAUUGA